AUGCUGCGAUCACGAUCCUGUUUACCGAUGGUUGCCAUCGUUGCACUACUUCUUGGUGUCGCAUCCUGUGCCUCGAUCGCAUCGAACCUAAUCGAGGAACGGCCAAGGAUCGCGAGCAGCGAGGAGUUGUUGUCUUCGAUUGUAAACGAAUGUUUUGCCGAUUCGUCCGUGAUGGGUUGCCUGAAGGGCAAGGUGUUGCUGUAUCUGGACGGUGUGCUGGGACUCCGUGAGGAGCAGGCCCGUGCCUUCGAUGAGACCAAUGUUGACAAAGUCAUCUUCGAUCGUGUGGCCCGCGUGUUGGCUACUCACGAGAUCCGUGUGCAGCUGCCAGAGGAUACCGUCGUUAGCUACCGGGCGGACAAGGGACUAGACAUCGAUGUGCUGCCGGCUGGACUCGCCACUGAAGCCCGUGGUCAUUUAUUGAAGAAGAAACUCCUGCUUCCAGUUUUGUUGCUGCUUAAGCUGAAACUGAAGGCCCUGAUGCCGAUCUUCCUGGGACUGAUUGGGCUGAAGGCGAUGAAGGCUCUGAUCCUGUCCAAGCUUGCCAUCACCCUGGUGCUCGGAUUCCUGAUUGCGCAGCUCGUGAAGAAAUCGGGCCUGGGCAUGCCCAUGUCCAUGAUGCCGAUGAUGCCCUCCGCUCCUGCUGCCGAGUAUGGUGCUCCAGCACCGGCCACCUCCACCUCUAGCUACGAUCCGUCCUCGUGGGAACCACAGUCCGGUGGACCCUACUCGCGCGUCUGGGAGCCAUCGUCGUCCGCAUCAUCACACAACCUGGCCUACAGCUCCUACUACCCAAGUUCGAGCAGUUCGUACACGGCCUACAACUCGGGCUCCUCUUCCGUAUCCAGCUCCGGUUCUUCCUCCUCUUCCUCACCAUCCUCAUCCUCUUCCGCUGCUGGAUCAUCGGCCUCUUCGUCAUCAUCGUCGAAUGCUGCCCAUGCAUACUAA